AAGCGACUGAACUCUCUUCUCCUCCCCAUCCCCUACUCCAACACCACCUACGAAGAAACCAUCACCGACCCCCUCAUCAGCCGCCUCUCCUUCGCCGUCCUCUGGCACGACCCUCCCAAGUCCCGCAACACCUCCACUACCCCCUCCAAACCUCGCAUGGUUGGCGCCAUCCGCUGUAAACUCCUGCCCGGCAGCCCACCCUCCUCGACCCCCCAAACCCCCCAAGACCUCAUCCUCUACAUCUCCACCAUCGGCGUCCUCUCCCCCUUCCGCCAUCACGGCCUCGCCACGCACCUCCUCGACGCCGCGCUGCGCGCCGCGGUGGCGCUGCCGUCGUCCCUAGUAGAGAGGAAGCAGCGGGUGGCCGCGAUCCGCGCCCAUGUGUGGGAGGCGAACGAGGAGGGACUGGCGUGGUAUGCGAAGCGGGGGUUUAAGGUCGUGGGGAGAGAGGAAGGGUAUUAUCAGCGGCUGAGGCCGAAGGGGGCGGUGGUGGUGCGGAGG